AUGGCUGCGCAAUCGCCGAUUGCCCGAUUCUUUGUGCCAGCUCAGAAAGCCGGAAAAGAGCGAGCAGAGCCGGCAGCAUUGGCAUCGUCGCUGGCAAACUCCCCGCCUCAAACACCCGGUCCCCGAGCUCCGAGCUUGAAGGAUGAUGCGCUCAGCACUCCGCCCUCGAUCGAGUCCCGAAAGCGACCUUUGAAGGACAGCGGGUCUGAGCCCAAGAAGAUGAAGGCGGGCUCGCCCAACAAGGACGCCGUUGUCCGCGAUGAGGACAUUACGGAGGGUGGGCCACCGAGUUUCGCCACGCCACAGCGUGCGCAGGAGGGUCCAAAGGACCUGCGUGCUACCCUCCAGCUCGCAGAAAGGUCCGCGCCCGGGUCCAUCCCUCCAUUCACGGCCGAGUGUUUUCACCACUUUGAGAACGGAGGCUCGCAGUACUCCUGGCCGGCAUGGCUGAGGCCGGAGAACCUCAGGGAUGCGCAAGGCCUUCGCCCGACGGAGCCUGGCUACAACCAGGGCACGCUUUGGGUGCCCGAUCCUGUGCGGGAAAAAGCUGAGUACCAGAAGGCGCAAGGACACAAUACCCCGAUGUUGAUGCAAUACUGGAAGCUCAAAUCAAAGCAUUUUGACAAAGUGGCUUUCUUCAAGGUUGGGAAGUUCUAUGAGAUAUUCUACUAUGAUGCCUUCAUCGCUCAGCGCAUCUGCAAUCUGAAAUGGAUGGGUCAAGAGAAGAAGCCGCAUGUCGGCUUCCCAGAGAUGGCCAAGCAUGAGUAUGCCAGGCGCGUCGUCGAAGCUGGUUUCAAGGUGGUGGUGGUAGAGCAGGUUGAGCGUGUGGUGGAGACGAACCAGCGCAAGACAGAGGGCCAAACUACGGGCCCCACCUGCGUGGAGAGGGAUGUAUGUGAGGUGUACACGAACGGCACCUUGGUAGAUCCCGAGUUGUUGGCAGGUCCCGGCUCUCGAUUCCUUGCGUACCUCUUCUUCGAGGGCCAGAGAGGUCUUGACUUUGCAGCUUGCUUGGUAGAUUGUGCAACUUCGCAGAUUCAGCUGGGACACUUCAACGAUGCUCCGGACCGCAACCGCCUGCGGACGAUGCUGGCACAGCUGCAGCCCAGUGAAAUCGUCUAUGACACUGCGAAUCUCCCCAUCGAAGUUAUGCAGCUCUUGAAGCGGCUGCCAUGCAGGCCACAGUUGUCUUCCCGAUCUGCCGGAGACUGUGGACUCCUAAAGGCCCGAGAGAUGAUGAACAAGUACCGGGCAGCGCAUCCGAAGGCCUUCAACCCAGCAGUUCAGGAGGUGCUGACGCAGGACAGUGCAGUCAUCGCAGCUGCUGGAAUCAUGGACUACCUGGAAGCGGCACUACUGGCAGAGAGGCUGCUCCCGUUUGCAACUUGGGAUGUCCUUGCAACAGCUGCCAAGACUCGCACGAACUCCCAGCGCAUGAUUCUGGACGCUACGGCUUUGUCUGCUCUCGAAGUGGUUGAGACUUUGGAAGGUGGCUAUGAAGGCUCUCUGUUGGCGUUCCUGGAUCACACAAGCACACCCUUCGGUUUUCGAUUGCUGAAGCAAUGGGUUUGUGCUCCGCUUCUCGAUCUGGAGGAUAUUCAGUCCCGCCAGGAGGCUGUGGAGUACUUCCUGCAGAAUGACGAGCUUUCCAAGCAGCUGAGAGCAUCCUUGAAGAAGUGCAUCGCGGGCGGGAAGAUCUCGAAGCUCCCAGUGGAUCUGGAGCGUGCGACCUCCAGGAUUUGGAGCUACGCCCUGCAGGCAGAACGCAAGGCGGUCAUGUACGAUGACAUCACAGCCCGGCGCCUGGGACACUUCGUGGAGCUCAUGGAAGCAUACGAGCAAUGCUACCAGUUGCUGAGUACAGCCUUCCCCGCGCAGGGGUCUCUGCCGGGUCGCCUUGCCAUGGUUGCAAAGCCUCAGAAGGCCGGCGGGAUUCUGCCGGAGCUCAUGCCCAUCAUCUCAAAGCUGCGCGGGAGUGUUGUCGAAGCCACCGGCAAGAACGGAGCCCUGAAGUUCCGGCCGCAGGAUGGAGCGGACCCUGUUUACGAUCAGAAGAGUCGUGAGAUUCACAUGGUGAAGUCUCAGUUGGAUAAGGAGCUGCAGAGAGUCAAGGCAACCUAUCCGAAGGUGCAGUUCUGCUUUGUUCACCGGCUACCGGGUUAUCGCUACGAGGUGGAGUGCGAUGAACAUUCCAUGUCGGCGGCUGCACAGCGUAGCCUUGACAUUACUGGACGAGUCAAGGGAAAGGUUCGCUUCCACACUCCCCAGAUCAAGGAGCUCCUUGUGCAGCUCGAUCAGCUGGAGGACGAACAGGAAGACUGCAUCUUUCCCUUUCUGUCCAAGCUCUUCCGUGAGUUCCAUCUUCAUCAAGCACCCUUCCGCGCACUAGUGCGGUGCGUUUCGGAGGUAGAUGCAUUGCUGUCCCUAGCAGCAGCAUCCAAAGGUUUGCCGGGUGCCGCAUGCAGACCCGAGUUCCUGGCUUCGGAUGCCCGGUCGGCUGCCAGCAUCGAACUACGGACCUGCAGACACCCGGUGGUGGCUGCGAGGAUGGGCAGUGCUUUUGUUCCCAACGAUACGGCCCUGAACGCGUGCGGGGUACCGGGGCUAUUGAUCGUGACGGGCCCGAAUAUGGGCGGCAAGUCCACCGUCCUGCGCCAGACCUGCAUUGCCGUUUUGAUGGCGCAGGUGGGCUGCCGAGUAAAUGCACAGAAGUGCAGGCUCACUCCCGUGGACCGGAUCUUCACUCGUAUCGGUGCCUAUGAUGCAGUACUUGAGGGCAAGAGCACGCUGCUGACUGAGUUGGAGGAGACGGCUGCCCUCCUGGCACACGGGACGCCUCGAUCACUGGCUGUUCUGGACGAACUGGGCCGCGGAACUUCUACGUUUGAUGGGGCUGCCAUAGCGUCGGCCGUGCUGGAAGAGCUGAAGUGCCACGUGCGAUGUCCCGUGCUCUUCGCCACUCACUACCACCCAGUUUCGAAGAAGGCAGCUGAAGAUACCGCCAACGUGGCGCCGUUUCACAUGGCUGCAGCUGUUAACCAGGGAACCCAUGAGAUGACAUUCCUUUACAAGUUCUUGCCUGGCCUGUGCCCAUCCUCUCAUGGACACAAUGUCGCCAAGAUCGCUGGGCUUCCCGACAAGGUCUUGAUGGAGGCUCGGGCUCGCUCUGCCGAGUUCGAUGGCGCGGAAGUGUCCAGCGAGGAGGUUGAGCGGCUAGUGCAACUAGCUGCUCAGGGAGAUGUGUCUGCGCUGAAGGAGCUCUUCAGGCAGCGUCAUAAACCCUCGCAGUGUCCAUAG